AGAUAGGCGUUGGCGUUGUACCCGGGCAAGACACCCCUGCUCAAGCACCGGUUCCGUAGUGGGGGAGAUCUACCAAAGUUACUUAGACAAGUUCACCUCUAUGACUUGGACAGUUGGUUCGUUGUGACCAUCUCGUACCAUCCUCUUACAAACCAACUGUAGACAUGGCGGAUAAGGAAAAGAAGAAGAAGACCAAAAAGAAGGAGGAGCCAGCAGCGGCUCCUCCACCGGAACCUGAACCAGCGCCGGCAGAAGAAAAACCACCAACUCCUACUAGUACACCAAAAGAAUCUGGUUCGACUAGAGCAAGUAGUCGUGGUAGUCGAAAAGCGAAGCGCACUGGAUCCAGUGUGUUCUCUAUGUUCACUCAAAAACAGGUGGCUGAAUUUAAAGAGGCAUUCCAACUUAUGGAUGCAGAUAAGGAUGGUAUAAUUGGAAAGAAUGACCUCCGUGCGUGUUUCGACUCCGUUGGUCGUCUUGUUACUGACAAGGAACUCGACGAUAUGUUAAGUGAAGCUCCUGGACCAAUCAACUUCACUCAAUUACUUAAUCUGUUCGCAACUCGCAUGUCUGGAUCAGGUGCGGAUGACGACGAGACAGUAAUAGCUGCCUUUAGCACCUUUGAUGUAGAUGGUAAAAUUGAUGGUGAAAGAUUGAGGCACGCUUUGAUGACUUAUGGCGACAAAUUUAGCGCGAAGGAAGUCAACGAUGCAUAUGACAAUAUGUAUAUUGAUGACAAAGGUUUCAUCGAUACACAAAGUCUUAUUGCGAUGCUGACUGGUACGGGCGAUGAAGAAGAAGAUUAAUUUUAAGUGAUCUAACAUGAAAAAAACUUCUGUUAAACCUUUAAUCAUUGAAACAAGGUCUUGCGUUAGCGCCAGACUCGUGUGAUUUGCUUCCAAAUGGUGAAAAACGGCAAUAAAGCAACAAUAAGCAUUCCCUUUCCUUUGCUCUUUACUGGUAGAAGGCUUCUUUACUGAGGGAACUGUUAUCAGUAAUAAAAGACCGUCGAUAAACGACAAGAAAUCAUAGAAUAUUCUCCUGGAGGUAAAACAACGUAUCUGUCGAUAAACGAGGCUUUGAAUAUCCAUAUUAUUGUUCGUAUAAUAAAAUUAUUUAAAAACUUUA